AUGGAAUUCACUAGUCUGCUUGAUACUUCAUUGGAUCUUAAUGCCAAACCUCUCAGGAUUUUUGACGACAACCCGGUACUGAAACAAGAGGUACCAAGUGAUUUAUUUCAGCUGGGAAGAAAUGUAGCAGUGAAAGAAGAGAGAGAUGCCUUGAUGGAGGAGCUAAAGAGGGUGAAUACAGAAAACAAGCAACUGACAGAAUUAUUAACAGUUAUCUGUGAGAAUUAUAACGAACUGCAAAAACAGUUAACGGAGUAUACAUCCAAGAAUCCUGCAUCAAAGAAGAGAAAAGCUGAAGGCAUCAUCAAGAAUGGCAAUAGAGUCAAUAGCCCUGAUGAGAGUAGUUCAAGUGAUGAAGAUUCAAGCAAGAAACCAAAGGAAGAACACAUAAAAGCUCAGAUUUCUCGGGUUUAUGCACGUACAGAAGCAUCUGAUACAAGCCUUGUAGUUACGGAUGGAUAUCAAUGGAGGAAAUAUGGACAAAAGGUCACAAGGGACAACCCUUCUCCAAGAGCUUACUUCAAGUGUUCUUUUGCUCCAACUUGUCCUGUCAAGAAGAAGGUUCAAAGAAGUAUAGAUGAUCAAUCUAUUCUAGUUGCAAGUUAUGAAGGGGAGCACAACCAUCCUCAACCCUCAAAAAUUGAGACCGCUUCAGGCUCCAACCGUUGCAUGACACUUGGCAAGACCCUGGCCUCUGUGAGCUCGUCCGGGGCAACCGUCGCACUUGAUCUUACAAAACCAAAACAAAAUACUGAUAAUGCAAGAAAUUCAAUCAGGAAAAUUGGCUCGCCAGAAUUCCAACAGUAUUUGGUGGAACGAAUGGCUUCUUCACUAACAAAAGAUCCCAAUUUCACAGCAAGUCUUGCCGCUGCCAUUUCGGGGAAAUUUCUUCAUCCAAAUCCUCAGACUGGAAAAUGGUAG